AGUGAAGUGUUCGGCCCGAAGACAAACGCGCGCUCGCGAAAGUGACACGAUUCUCAGCGUUGCAUUUCAUCCAUUUUCGACAUUCGCGCUCAAAUACAACCACGCAUGAAUAAAUUACGCCGUUAUCUUUCAAGUUAAAAAUAAAAUUUCCUAACAGGAUCUUGAAACGGAUUGACAACUUUUGAAGCAGCUGACCUGUUGGCAACCGGCAAGAAGUAGGUACUUUUAAACAGGUAAAAAGGAGCCGAAGAAAAAACAAAGGUCUUUUAAAAACAGAAGUGAGAAGUGACUUUUCAAUUGAUCGUUUUUCAAUUCGGCGUGCAAAGAGGGAUAGUGAUAUCAAUAUUCGGAUCGUUCGAAUAAUGUUAAAACUGUUGCCAGUAAAAUAGUUUUAUCAGAGUUAACUGUAAAACAAGUGAAUACUGACUUUGUUAUUGACUAUGCGCAUGCGGUGGUGGCGAGCGGUGCUGCUGUGCGCGUGCGCGCUCGUGCUACAGAGUGACGCGCUGCCGCCUGCGACCCUCGGGGAUGUCGUCGCCAAUGCCGCUACUAGUCUCAAUUCCAUGAAGGUGACAGGAGCAUGGCGGCGGCUUUCAAGCACAUUGAGCGAGUCCGUAGGGCUGAAGCACGCUCUACGGAGACUGCAAGCGGUGCCGGCGCGCGCGGCCCGCUUGGUACACGCCCUGGUGGACCGGAUGAGAGUCGGGGGUGGACCCAUAGUGACAACGCAGCUAGGAGCCUUACGAGGGCGGAAACUAGCCACUAGGACAGCGGCACAGAUGUCCUAUUAUAGUUUUAAGGGGAUAAGAUACGCUCAACCCCCACGCGGCUCGCUAAGAUUCCGAGCACCGGUCCCUUUGGAACCCUGGACGGGCGUCCGGGAUGCUCUAGAGGAGGGCGCCGUGUGCCCACAUCGGUUCAUGUUGUUUGACACCUAUAAGGGAGACGAAGACUGCUUGUUUCUGAAUGUGUAUACGCCGGCGCUUCCAGACAAACUUACAGGAUACAACCCGAAGUUGCCAGUGAUGGUGUGGAUCCACGGCGGAGCGUUUGCAGUCGGGUCUGGCAACGCCUUCCUCUACGGUCCAGACCAUCUGGUCGGAGCAGGAGUUGUGUUAGUGACCCUCAACUACAGGCUAGGGGCACUCGGCUUCUUGAGUCUUGAGAGUGAGGAAGUGCCUGGCAAUAUGGGACUUAAGGACCAAGUAAUGGCAUUGAAAUGGGUUCGUGACAACAUUGAGAGUUUCGGCGGGGAUUCUUCACGAGUGACCAUCUUCGGGGAGUCUGCGGGAGCGGUGUCCGUGCAUCUGCAUAUGUUGUCCAACGCGUCUAAGGGUCUGUUUCACGCUGCGAUAGCUCAGAGUGGGUUGGCGCUGUCGCCGUGGGCGCUGGCGCAGGCGCCGCGCGCGCGUGCCUUCGAGCUGGGCAGGGAGCUCGGCCUUGAAACCAACAACACGGCUGAACUCAUUGGUUACUUGCGGGCGACCCCAAGCGAGUUGCUUGUGAAAGCCGGGGCACGGCUGACGGCGGCGCCCGAGAAGAACGCUGACCUGCAGAGCACGGUGGCGCUUCCGUUCCUGCCCACUUUGGAGCCCGAGGGCCCAGACGCCUUCCUCACCAAACUGCCGCGAGACAGUUUACCAGGCGCAGAUGUGCCGCUGCUCACUGGCUACAACGCCCAGGAAGGAAUCAUACUGUUUAGAAGACUUCAAAGAGAUCCCAAGUUACUAAGCGAGCUAGACCGAGAGUUCAAGCGAGUGGUGCCUCCCGCGCUACUGUCUCCAAACGAGACUGUCACCCUGAACAUAUCGGAGACCAUCAGAUCCUUCUACUUCCAGCACCGGCCCGUGGACGCGAGGAAUAUCGACAGUUUGAUUGAUCUGUUUACGGAUGUUAUGUUCCUGAGGCCAAUCUUGGAGACAGUGCGCUUACAGGCAGAGACUAAUAGAAGAAGUCCUACAUACGUAUACCGAUUCGCCUUCGACGGCGCCCUAGGGCUCUUCAAGCGAAUGCUGGGCAUCACCCAUCCUGGGGCCUGCCACGGAGAUGAGAUGGGCUACUUGUUUUACUUCUCUAGACUAAACUAUAGGCUUGACGAUGAUUCCCCUGAACUCGCCGUGUCGCAACGCAUGGUCCAAUUGUGGACCAACUUCGCCAAGACUGGAAAUCCAACUCCACCUGUUGACUACGAGUCCGUCGUAGACUUCAAGUGGCCGCCUGUGAAUGACACUUCCAGUAUCGAUUACCUGAACAUCAAUGGCAACUUUACUGUGAAAAAGGAUCCCGAAUCCAAGAGAGUCAAAUUCUGGGAUUGGCUUUACGAAAACUAUGCUCAGGAACGUUGAGCUAGAGAUUGAUAAAGGACUUAUUUUUACCUUGAAGCGGUCAAGCUAGUGUUGUAGUGAGUGCAGUGUAGUGCAAUAACUGAAGACUUGAAUGUACAAACACGAAGAUAUAAUGAAAUACCUAAUGUAUAGUAGACAUGCCAAAUGCUAAAUGUGUUUAUUUUAAAAAUAUUAUAAAUUUGUUUACUUUUCGUUAAUGACAUUGUUGUUGUCGUGAAGUUCUUUUAAUAGUUUGUAUUACUUUCUAAUAGAACUUGUUUACGUGUUUAAGCGUGUAUACAGUUAAGGAAUUAGAGUUCAUAGCAUUUCAUGUAUAAUUAAUUUAAAUUAUUAAGUACAUUAUGAUUAUGACCGAUGAAUUGCAUUCUACUUGAAAACAAAAUAUUGAUAUUCUUCAUUGAGGCGAUGGACUAUAGCAACUAGGUUAUCACUAUUUGAAUCUCACCUGCGAGACUGUCGCUCAGUCUACCUCAUGAGGAAUACAGACGAAAUAUACUUAUUUAUGUAUAUGUAUUGUAUAAAAUGUCCAUUGUGUAAAAUAUAAUUUACUUCAUAAAAGUGAAAGAAGUCAAUAAGUUAAUUUAUUCCACGCCACCAAUUUAUAUGCAUAAAAGUGAAAGAAGGCAAUAUGAUGGUACAUUGGUACUUACAUACAUCUACAAAUAAUUUCAGACUGAAAAUAUGAACAUUAAUAAUGUCGAAAUAUUGCCUAAUGCACGAUUUAAAACAACAUGACCUUUCAGUCUAAACUGUUGGGUUGAUCUAUCCCGUAAGGGAUAAAGACGUGAGACUUAUACAGAGUAUGUAUAAAAAAUAUAUUAUAAGACCUUACAAUGUCAUGAGGACUUGUUUAAAGGUCCAUAAUGUUCUCAAUAGUUUUAAGUCGAAGAAAAAUUAACGUGAAUUCGCUUAAAGUGAAACAUCAUACUACUGGUAUUACUAAGAGGUAUAUUUAAUAUUUACUUUAGGUAAAAUUAAAUCCCUGUUUGAUCCUAAAACAAUGUUAAUUUCACUCAUAGUUACCUAAAAUGUAGAAAAAGUUAUAUACU